CACACGCACAGCGUGACGCAACGCAACUCACUUCUAGUUAGGUUUGGAUUAUACGAUAAUAUACCUAAGAAGUUUCAGACCUGCCAGUACGCAGAUGUUGUUCAAUGAAAUAAUCAGAUUUACCUGUAGAUAAGUUUUUGCCUACUUUUGAUGACACGUUUAGUAAGGUGAGGAGGAAGACACCACGAGCGACAAUGUGCAGGCUUUAACAAGAGAUUUUAUCUUCACGAUUACAACCGGGCUGCUUAACAACGACAACUAUGAAGCUGGAGUUUAUUUGACAAACGAGGCCCCCCUCCCCCUCUCUCUCUUGCGAUGCCGCGCUCCUUCCUGGUCAAGUGUAAGAGGGGGUCCUGUCACUCGUCCCCUCGCCCCAGAGACGACAGCCCUUACCUGCCCACAGCUGACCCCCCGGAGUCCCUCCAGAGCUCAGGCACCGCGUGGGACGCCCCUAUCGAGUCCCCAGCGGCACCUCUGGAGGACCCGGAGACACCUCCAGAGGACCCGAAGACACCUGUAGAAGAUCGGGAGACUCCUCCAGCGGACCCGGAGACAGGUGCCGUGACGGAGGUCGUGCCCUCUCCACCUCACCCCUUCUCGAGCUGGGCCGCAGCGCCCGAAGAGGCGCUCCCUUCGCACCCUCACAUCUGGCGUUCUCUGCACCCCAAAGAGCUGACCAGGAGGGACCCCCAUGACCCGCGCGACCUCCACGACCUCAGCCGGCCCUCGGGCCCCGAGGCCCAGCAGCUCCAGAGGCUGCUGAGUACGUAUCGGCCCGAGGGCAGGGACGGGGGCUGCUCUCAGAUCAGCAUCAUGCCCUACCCAUUCUGCAGCAAGGGUUUUCCCCCUGUGUCCAGGCCCGAGUCGGUCAUACACAGGACUCACGGAGGUCUGCACAAGAUCAGCGUCCUCAGGACCUGCUCCGAGACCGGUCACCGGGGUCACAGAGGUCACAGGGUCAAGGAGAGGACGUUCCAGUGUAAGGUGUGCAGUAAGGUGUUCAAGCGCUCGUCCACCCUGUCCACGCACCUGCUCAUCCACUCGGACACGCGGCCCUACCCCUGCCAGUACUGCGGCAAGCGCUUCCACCAGAAGUCCGACAUGAAGAAGCACACCUUCAUACACACUGGAGAGAAGCCCCACGUGUGCGGUGUGUGUGGCCGGGCGUUCAGCCAGAGCUCCAACCUGAUCACACACAGCCGCAAGCACUGCGAGCAGAAGCCCUUCAGCUGCCCACACUGCCUCUACAGCUGCCAGCGCAAGAUGGAGCUGCGCAGGCACCAGGAGCUGCACUGCACACACACGCUGCUCUACCCGCAGAGCUGAGCGCUGAGCACACACACACACACACACACACCCUGCUCUACCCACAGAGCUGAGCACACACACACACACACACACACCCUGCUCUACCCACAGAGCUGAACACACACAUAUACACACACACACACACACACACUGCUCUACCCGCAGAGCUGAACACACACACACACACACACACACACACAGCUCUACCUGCACACCCUCAUAUAUACGCUCAUAGCUAAACACACACACACACACCGCUUUACCCUCAGAGCUAAACACACACACACACACACAGACACACUGAUUUAUGAUCAGAGCUGAACACACACACACACAAAUAUCUAUGCUCAGAGCUGCACACACACAAACACAAACAUCUUUUUUUGACAGGAAUGGAAAUAACAGAUCUGAUCAAGAAUGUGUACAAAUAACCUCAGUAGGGACCAAAGGAGCGAGACCGGAGCACUCACACUUGUAAUGCUUUUGAUGUGUGUGUGUGUGUGUGUGUUUGUGUGUGUGUGUGUGUGCGUGCGUGUGGAGCGAGACCGGCGCACUCACACUUGUAAUGCUUUUGAUGUGUGUGUGUGUGUGUGUGUGUUUGUGUGUGUGUGUGUGUGUGCGUGCGUGUGGAGCGAGACCGGCGCACUCACACUUGUAAUGCUUUUGAUGGUGCAAAGGUUUCACCUUCCUACUGAUGAUCCCUGUGUCCUGUUCCGUGAGCACCAACCAGACUGAACCGCAAGUGACCCUCUGUUACCGUGUACAAAUAUCUUAUCUAUGCAGCGUUUAGAAUAACUUUGUAACAUACAAAACUGUGCUAUGCAGACAUGUGAUUUAUUCUCUUUUUUUUUACUCAGGGCUCACAUGUUAUUGAAUAAUGAUUGUUAUUAUUUGUAUUUAUUCAUAAAAUAUAAGUCAUUUUUAUGUGUUAUUUCUUAUAUAAUUUGGAACAACGCCCUCGGCCCAAAGUUGAGGCUGAUGAGCAAAUCGUGCUUCAUCAUUUGUGUGGCAUGGCCAAUCUUGAACUAAGGAAUAAAGAGAUAAAUUAUAAUAACAAUCAGACUUGAUGAAAUGAAUAAAAGUGGAGGCUUUUCAGUCCCCAUCAUGGCUGAGACAGGAAGACACAGUAAUAACCCUGCACACCCACUCGCUUCAUC